AUGGUGUGUACUCGCCCUGAUCUCUGUCAUGCAGUUAGUGUUGUGAGUAUGUAUAUGGGAAAUCCUUGCAGUGAGUAUUGGGAAGCUGUCAAAUGGAUAAUGAGGUACUUUAAUGGGACAGCUAACUUGGGACUGCUCUACAGUACAAAAUCAAGCAAGCCAGAAGCAUAUGGAUAUGUGGAUGCAGAUUAUGCAGGGGAUUUGGACACAAAAAGAUCACAAACUAGUUUUGUGUUUAAGCUAAAUAAUUACACCAUCAGUUGGAAAGCUAACUUACAAUCUAUAGUAGCUCUGUCCAUAUUCGAAUCCGAAUAUAUAGCAUGUACUGAAGCAGUGAAGGAAGCUUUAUGGUUAAAAGGAUUGACAAGGGAGCUUGGUGUUGAUCAAAGAGUUGUUACGAUAUUUAGUGACAGUCAGAGUGCUUUGCAUCUCAGUAAGAAUCAGGUUUUUCAUGAAAGAAUCAAGCAUAUUGAUGUAAGACUGCACUUUAUCAGAGAUGUCAUAGCAGAGGGAAAAGUGAAGCUUGAAAAGCCAGCUCCAGAAGAAUACAUAAUCAUGAUCAUCAUCUUCUUGAAAGCAGAUCUGAGAGAGCUCAAAGAAAGUAGAGAAAGUGAGAGGACAGAGAAAAACAAGAGAGAGAGUUAG